GGAGGGAGGCGCGGGGAGCCCGUCGGGGCUGGAGGAAGGGGCGAGGGGAGACACAUUCCUAUAGUAACCGGGAUGGCGCGAUGCAGCUCCAGCUGGUUGCUAAGAGGGUUAAACUGUAUCCAAACAGCUUUGGGGAAAUCCAGCCCCUUCUCCUGCCACAUGGAUCGACUCAUUGGGUGGGAGCGGCGGAGAGACAAGGGUCUCCAGCAAAUCAGCGCCUAAUUGAUUAAGGCGAGCUGGUUUGAAUAGAGCUGGCCAUGUGCCAAUCGCCUUUCAAAGAGCCCCUCUAUGAUUAAUCGCAAUGCAUUAUUGAUAAUCAUAAUUAUAGCAGGACACAUGCGCGGUGCGCGGAGGAUCGGGGAGGCUGGGGGGGGGAGGCUCGAUUUCCGUAAUUUUGAGAAGAUUUUUUUUUAGUAAUUUUUUAUUCUGCCCCAGCUGAUGUUUGAGCCAGCAUGUCGCGGAGGAAGCAGGCGAAGCCUCAGCAUUUCCAAUCCGAUCCCGAUCUGGCCUUGUUAUCCCAGCGAAAUGGAGACACAGAAAAGGGUCAAGCAAAUCGAACCACUAAGAACAAGGACGCCCAUGUCUGUGGCAGGUGCUGUGCUGAGUUCUUUGAAUUAUCAGAUCUCCUGCAACACAAGAAGAAUUGUACUAAAAAUCAAUUAGUUUUAAUUGUGAAUGAAAAUCCAGCUUCUCCUUCUGAAACCUUCCCUCCUAGUUCCCCUUCUGAUAAUCCUGAUGAACAGAUGAAUGACACAGUUAAUAACACAGAUCAAGUAGACUGCAGUGACCUUUCAGAGCAUAACAAACUUGACAGGGAAGAAUCCAUGGAUGUGGAGGCUUCCAGCAUUAACAAUAGCAGUAGCAGUUCCAAGAGUGUCAACAAUAGUAUUACAAGCAGUAACAGCUCCACAAUGGGUACCUCAGCUGUAACAACCUCUCUACCUCACAUAGGGGAUCUGACAACGCUAGGCAACUUUUCAGUGAUAAAUAGUAAUGUAAUAAUUGAAAACCUGCAGAGUACUAAGGUGGCAGUAGCACAGUUCUCACAGGAGGCGAGAUGUAAUGGGGCAUCGAGCACUAAACUCGCCGUCCCUGCCCUGAUGGAGCAACUGUUGGCAUUGCAGCAGCAGCAGAUCCAUCAGUUGCAACUGAUUGAACAAAUUCGUCACCAAAUAUUAUUGUUGGCUACCCAAAAUACAGACAUGCCAACAUCUUCUAGCCCUUCUCAAGGUACUUUACGAACAUCUGCCAACCCCUUGUCCACAUUAAGUUCCCAUUUAUCCCAGCAGCUGGCUGCAGCAGCUGGAUUAGCACAAAGCCUUGCUAGUCAAUCUGCCAGCAUCAGUGGUGUGAAACAGCUACCCCCUAUACAGCUACCUCAGAGCAACCCUGGCAACACUCUAAUUCCAUCCAAUAGUGGCUCUUCUCCAAAUAUUAACAUAUUGGCAGCAGCAGUUACAACACCGUCCUCAGAAAAAGUGGCUUCAACUAUUGGUGGCUCACAGCUCACCAACCCACCAGUAUCAGCAUCAUCUUCACCAGCUUUUGCAAUAAGCAGUUUAUUAAGUCCUGCAUCUAAUCCACUUCUACCUCAGCCCACCCCUAGUAACUCUGUUUUCUCCAGUCCCUUGUCUAAUAUUGGAACACCUGCAGAGGAUUUAAACUCCUUGACUGCCCUGGCACAGCAAAGAAAAAGCAAGCCACCAAAUGUAACUGCAUUUGAAGCAAAAAGUAAUUCAGAUGAGGCAUUCUUUAAGCAUAAAUGCAGGUUCUGUGCUAAAGUGUUUGGGAGUGACAGUGCCUUGCAGAUUCAUUUGCGUUCUCACACUGGCGAGAGGCCAUUUAAAUGCAACAUAUGUGGAAACAGGUUCUCCACAAAGGGAAACUUAAAAGUCCACUUUCAGCGUCACAAAGAAAAAUACCCUCAUAUUCAAAUGAAUCCGUACCCAGUGCCAGAGCAUUUGGACAAUAUUCCUACAAGCACAGGUAUUCCUUAUGGGAUGUCUAUACCACCAGAGAAACCUGUCACGAGCUGGCUGGACAGCAAGCCAGUCCUCUCCACCCUAACAACUUCUGUUGGCCUGCCACUCCCCCCAACAAUUCCAAGCUUGACCCCAUUCAUCAAAACUGAGGAGCCUCAGCCGAUUCCCAUUAGCCAUCCUUCUGCUAGCCCUCCCUGCUCUGUCAAGAGUGACUCGGGAACAGCUGAUCCCACAUCAAAAAUUUCCAAUGGACAUUCUGAUGAGGUAGAAGCUGGUGCGUUGCCUACCUCGAACGGCAAAACGGAAGAAAACCCUCAAAACACAGGCACCAUCACUAACAUGAGCAGCUCCGUGAGCUCCCCGGCAGCAGAUUCGGGCUCCAGCAGUGUCGCCACUUUUACAAAUCCACUGAUGCCUCUUAUGUCGGAGCAAUUUAAGGCAAAGUUUCCGUUUGGAGGACUAUUGGAUUCAACGCCAGCAUCUGAAACAUCAAAAUUGCAGCAGCUUGUAGAAAACAUUGACAAAAAGGCAACUGAUCCUAACGAGUGCAUCAUUUGCCAUCGAGUUCUCAGUUGUCAGAGCGCACUGAAAAUGCAUUAUCGCACCCAUACUGGAGAGAGGCCAUUCAAAUGUAAAAUCUGUGGUCGUGCUUUCACUACUAAGGGCAACUUAAAGACUCACUACAGUGUCCAUCGUGCCAUGCCCCCGCUGAGAGUGCAGCAUUCUUGCCCAAUCUGUCAGAAAAAAUUCACCAAUGCCGUUGUGCUACAGCAGCAUAUCCGAAUGCACAUGGGAGGGCAGAUCCCCAACACCCCGGUGACAGAAAACUAUCCUGAGUCAAUGGAAUCAGAUACGGGAUCUUUUGAUGAUAAGAAUUUUGAUGAUAUAGACAACUUCUCAGAUGAGAAUAUGGAAGACUGUCCUGACAGCAGCGUCCCAGAUACACCUAAAUCUGUGGAUGCAUCCCAAGACAGCUUGUCUUCUUCCCCUCUGCCCCUGGAAAUGUCAAGUAUUGCUGCUUUGGAAAAUCAGAUGAAGAUGAUCAAUGCCGGCCUUGCUGAACAACUUCAGGCAAGCCUAAAGUCAGUAGAAAAUGGGUCAGUGGAAGGGGACGUUUUAACUAACGAUUCGUCAUCUGUCGGUGGUGAUAUGGAAAGCCAAAGUGCUGGAAGCCCUGCUGUCUCAGAGUCUACCUCUUCCAUGCAGGCCUUGUCCCCAUCCAACAGCACUAAUGAUUACCACAAGUCACCAAGUAUUGAAGAGAAACCAUUAAGAGCUUUACCAAGUGAGUUUGCCAACGGUUUGUCUCCAACCCCUGCUAACAGUGGUGCUUUGGACUUGACGUCUAGUAACACUGAUAAAAUGAUUAAAGAAGAGUCCCUGAGUAUGCUCUUUCCUUUCAGAGAUAGAGGUAAAUUUAAAAACACUGCAUGUGACAUUUGUGGCAAAACAUUUGCUUGUCAGAGUGCCUUGGACAUUCAUUACAGAAGUCAUACCAAAGAGAGACCAUUUAUUUGCACAGUUUGCAAUCGUGGCUUUUCCACAAAGGGUAAUUUGAAGCAGCAUAUGUUGACACAUCAAAUGCGAGAUCUACCAUCACAGCUUUUUGAGCCCAACUCCAGUAUCGGCCCCAAUCAGAACUCUUCGGUGAUGCCCACGAAUACCCUGUCAUCGCUCAUAAAGACCGAGGUUAACGGCUUUGUGCAUGGCUCUCCUCAGGACAGCAAAGAAGCACCCUCUGGUCUAGUUGCUUCGGGGCCACUGUCCUCUGCUACAUCCCCUGUGCUGCUCCCUGCUCUCCCCAGGAGAACUCCAAAACAGCACUACUGCAACACCUGUGGGAAAACAUUUUCUUCUUCCAGUGCUCUGCAGAUCCAUGAAAGGACGCACACUGGUGAGAAACCUUUUGCCUGCACUAUAUGUGGAAGAGCAUUCACAACAAAAGGCAAUCUGAAGGUUCACAUGGGCACUCACAUGUGGAACAGUACUCCUGCAAGACGAGGCAGAAGACUUUCUGUAGAUGGCCCCAUGACAUUUCUAGGAGGCAAUCCUGUAAAGUUCCCAGAAAUGUUUCAGAAGGAUUUGGCUGCUCGGUCAGGGAACGGAGACCCGUCCAGCUUCUGGAACCAGUAUGCAGCUGCACUCUCCAAUGGCUUGGCCAUGAAGACCAACGAGAUCUCCGUCAUCCAGAAUGGGGGCAUCCCUCCAGCACCAGGGGGCCUGGGCAAUGGUGGCAGCUCUCCCAUCAGUGGCUUGACAGGAAGCCUGGAGAAGCUCCAGAAUUCAGAACCCAACGCACCUCUAGCUGGUCUGGAGAAAAUGGCAAGCAGUGAAAAUGGGACUAACUUCCGUUUUACGCGUUUCGUGGAAGACAACAAAGAAAUUGUAACAAAUUAGAAAAACAAAAAAACUCCGUAAAUAACAUUCCUGCAAAUAGUGCAACCUAGGGUUGCUUUUUUCAAGCUGCAGGCUACAACAUUACAAAGACUUUGUUUUGUACCAUGUUCUACUUCUAGAGUUCUAAGAGAGCUUAUUUAUUAGUGAUAUAACCUUGCUUUGCAAACAAAUGCAGGCAUUAACUUUGGUCUCCCGUAUUUUGAACUAAAUACUAAUCGACUAGAGUGCUGUAAACUUGCUGUAACAUUUAUGGCAGUUGCAAGUCUGUUCUGCUAGGUGAUCUUAUUCUGGCAUUAACUUAUUUUCUAUAUCCAGUUUAACACAAACUCUGGUAUUGAUGGAUGCCUCAGUGAUACAUUAGAUCUCUAAUAAAAAUCUGUAUAUAAAUGUACACUUUGAUCCUGCUGGAAACUUUAUCAGCAAACACAUUGUCUAAUUUUUCCAGACAGAAUUAAGAAAAGGACUGAGAGAAUAUAGACUGAACAGUGUGGGUCCUUUACACAGCUCAGUUUUUGAUUUUUAUUAUAAAAUUAAAACUGCUUUAAUUUUUGUAGGUUUAACAUUUUCCGUUUUGAACUGUUAUUUGUAUUGUGCUUUUUACUUGAGUCGUCUUAAAUGUUAAUACAUUUCUGUACAGUAAUAAGCACGCGGAUUAUUAGAGAAGAUACUGAAGUGUUGUUUUGGUAGUUGAAACUGAGACGUAACAUUUUGCCUUGUAGGUAUAUUCAUUAUAGAAAAUGUGCUGGACUUUCACAAUGCUGCUAAGUAUGGCAUCUUGAACAACUUCCGUGGACAACUGUAGAUGCUCCUGUAUAUACAAUAAGACAUCACUUUCAUUAAAAUGUACAUACGUUCCUUACAAGACCAAGCCCUACUCCUUGACCAAGGGAACAAGUAUAGUGUUUGUUUAUUUUGUAUUAGGCAUUGGGGGGGGGAUGGGGGGAACCUUGGACUGAUACAUGCACUUUCUCGGAAAGUUGAAAGGAAAAUAGGUCCAGUUUCUUUAACAUUUAAUACUUACUAACAGCAGAGAUACUGUAAUUUUACUCGAGUAAUCAAAUACAUUUUUGCAACAGA